AUGGAUGUGAAACAGAAUCAUAGAAAUCCAGAUGGACAAGAAAUGCCGCCACCAACGGAAUCGGUAUAUACUAGUUCGACACAUGAUAAAAUACAAAGUGAGAACAAAAACGAGGGUAGCGUUAGCAAUGGGAAAGAACCGCCGGAAGAGCGUGAUCUGGAAUAUCCAAGUGUCUUAAAGGCGGUUAUUAUCAUCGCUUCUUUGUUCCUGACUGUUUUCCUGGUAGCCCUGGACCAAACCAUUAUCGGGACGGCAAUCCCCAAGAUUACAGACCAGUUUCAUUCUAUCGGUGAUGUGGGUUGGUAUGGGAGCGCAUAUUUUUUAACAUCAACGGCCCUGCAGCCGACGUACGGGCGUAUUUACAAGAUUCUCAAUGUCAAAUGGGCUUUCUUGGUGGCAAUAUUUGUGUUCGAGUUGGGAUCGCUAAUAUGCGCUGUAGCCCCUAAUAGUUCGACCCUCAUUGGAGGCAGGGCUGUAGCUGGAUGUGGAGUUGCAGGCAUAUUCUCCGGUGCUUUGGUGAUCAUAUCUUUCUCUAUUCCUCUGCGUCUACGGCCUGUGGUUUUCGGUCUUUUUGGCGCUGUCUGGGGAGUCGCUUCUGUUGUCGGCCCCUUGCUAGGAGGCGCAUUCACUGACCAAGUAUCGUGGAGAUGGUGCUUUUAUAUCAACCUUCCCAUCGGCGGUCUUGCAGCCGCCGUCGUUGUGCUGAUCCUCCAUAUCCCAUCGCGAAGGACAGCCAACUCCCAAACGUGGAAGCAGAAGCUCAAACAGCUGGAUCUCACAGGUGCAGCUUUACUUAUCCCUGCCAUUGUCUGCUUAUUGCUGGCACUUCAAUGGGGUGGCAAUAAAUAUCCAUGGAAUGACUCUCGGAUUAUCGGGCUCUUUAUCGGAUUUGGUCUCAUCGCUAUUAUCUUCGCAUUUACCCAGUACAAACUCGGUGACAAAGCAACUCUACCACCACGAAUCCUGAAGAAGCGCACUGUCUGGUCAGUGAGCAUUUUUGCGGUCUGCUUUGGAGGAGCAUUUUUUCUACUCAUGUAUUAUUUACCCAUCUAUUUCCAAUCUGUCAAGAAUCAUUCAGCCACAAAAUCCGGUAUCGAUCUCCUUCCGAUUCUUCUCGCAACGGUCAUCUCCUCAAUUAUCUUCGGUGGCAUCAUCAGCGCAGUCGGAUACUACACCCCCUUUUUGAACUUCAGCACGGCUUUAUUUUGCAUUGGCUGUGGUCUCUUGACAACAUAUAGCAUCACUAUUUCCAACGGGAAGUGGAUUGGGUAUCAAAUUCUUACAGGCGCGGGCGUAGGAGCUGGCUUCCAGGUCCCCAUGACUGCUGUACAGACAAUACUUUCGCAGGAGGAUAUCCCUAUUGGGUCAGCUGCUGUGAUGUUCUUUCAAACCCUUGGCGGUGCACUAUUCAUUUCUGUUGGUCAGUCCGUUUUCCAGAACGGACUAGCUCACUACCUACGGUCUCACACCAAUGACAUUGAACCCAGUGUUAUUCUUGGAGCUGGAGCAACUGGAGUCCGACAGGUCCUGUCUCAGAUUGGGAAAUUAAACGAGCUGCCUAUCGUCCUAGAAGCGUAUAUGGCCGGGUUGGUUAACGCGUAUCGAGCCAGUCUAGCGUUGACGUGCGUGGCCUUCGCAGCCAGUCUUCUCGUGGAGUGGAAGAGUGUCAAAAAGAGUAAAAAGGACAGGGCAGAGCCAGCUGUUCCAGCGUGA